AGUAAGAGUACCUUCGAGUUCACGUUGAUGAACCCAACUAAACUCGCCAAACCUCUCUACACACCACCCUUCGCAACUGCGUCACAUAUGUUUUGGCAGUUGCGAUUUGAUCCGAAAUUUGUGGAUGAUGGUGACGAGUACUGUUCCGUUUUUCUCGGUGCUAUACCAAGCAUACAAGAGGCGGAAAACACAAUCUCCGCUUGGGCGAAAAGAUCAAAGUUAUCCGCAAAGUUGUUCUUAAAGAAUGCUAAUACUGGCGCUGAGAUCGAUAAGUAUGCAAUGACAAUGAGCAAUUACUCUGCUAAAGAACACACAUGGGGUCGUCGAAAGUUCUGUAGGAAAUCUAUUCUUCCGCAAGACAAAGUAAUACUAGGAGUUGAGUUUGAUAAAGCAGAAAUCGGUUAUAUACGACACACUACUCCUUUGCCAGGCGAAGUCUAUCCUAAAGACCUUGCCGAAGCAUGGCAAGGUCAGCUUAACCAACCCGAAGUGGUUGACGUGGAAUUCAAUGUAGACGGACAAAUAAUCUAUGCCAGCAGCGGAAUACUUUCUAAACGGUCUGAAUAUUUUCAGCGCAUGUUUGGUGGUCAAUGGUCCGAAUCAACUAGUGCAACAAAGAAUGAACGGCCACUCGCCGAGCCACCAGCAAGCAUGUCAUCAUUAUCACUCGCACAGGAUACAGUUAUGCAUGAUGCUAACGCAGAACCCGAGCUUGGCAAUGCGAAUCAGAUGCCAGCAUGCGAACACAAUUAUCGAUAUCGCAUUGCGGUAACGGACUUUCAUCCAGCUACGUUUCUAGAGAUGCUAAGAUUCUUGUAUACGAAUAAAGUUACAUUUAACAAGACAGCCGAUUCACCGCAUACGUCAUCAAUGGAGCUCUUCAGGAUAGCCGACAAAUAUUUAAUUGAAGAAUUACGUCACAGGGCCAAGUCCCGAAUAUUUGACGACCUCAGCGUUCAAAAUGCGGCCGAAACUUUAUUCGGAACGGAAUGGAAAUAUCCCGAGUUGAAGGAUCAUAUUAUCAAAUAUGUUGUUAGAAAUAUCGGCGACGUGAGAGAGUCGGAUGGGUUCAAGAACGUAAUGGCAAAUGCAUCCACUUAUACUAAUUUUUCUGAAAUUAUGCUCGAGAUAUUUUCCAUGGUUGAACCGGCUGAGCGUAUCGCGAAUGUUGCGGUGUAA